AUGUUUGGAAGUACUUUCGGCCAAAGCCAGCCAGCUGGCGGAGGUUUAUUUGGCUCAACAGGCACGGCGCAACCAGCAGGAGGGUUAUUUGGCUCGACUACAACUACGGGAACUCAGAACCAAGGAGGAGGGCUUUUUAGCGGGUUAGGGCAAAACACUCAACAAAAUCAACCACAGCAGACCGGCGGGCUCUUUGCUGGAGGACUUGGAGCAAGCACUCAGCAGAAUCAGCCUCAAGCAGGAAGCUUAUUUGCACCGAAUGCCCAACAGCCACAGCAGCAACCUGGAGGACUGUUCUCAGGACAGACUAUGGGAGCACAGCAGCAAGCAGCCCAGCAACAGCAAAACACCAUUCUUGGAGGAUCACAACAACAGACUAGUUUAUUCGGGCAAACACAACCGUCGCAAGCUUUGGGGCAAUCACAAGGACAAUUUAACAACACCCUAUUUGGAGCCAGCGGACUGAGACCUCGAGAAAAGAGUGUCAUAGACCAGAUUGAAACAGUCGUGGGUAAAUGGGAUACUGGAAAUAAGGAUUGUGCCUUCCAAUAUUUCUUUUACAACAACGUCGGCGAGGACAGGGCGCCAUUCUACCAACCGCAGCCUAAUGAGGAUCCGAGAGCUUGGGAAGAAGCCCUUUCGAAAAAGCCAGGACCUGGGUAUAUCCCAGUAGCAUGUAUUGGUUUUCAAAUGAUGGGCGAGAGAAUCAAGGCUCAGCAACAGCAUCUUGCAGCGUUCAACAUUCGUCUACACGACAUAAAUGCUAGCUUGACGAACCUACUACAAACUCACGAUACGAGGACGAGUAUACGGGCAAUGGAUGCUAGGAGGAAGCAUGUGGUAUUAAAACAAAGGUGUCUGGCGUUGGCGACUAAAGUACAGGUUCUAAGAAACAGAGGCUAUGCGCUCAGUGGAGACGAGGAGGACCUCAAAGCUAAGCUUAUCAAGAUAGAGAAGGGGGUUACUGAUCCCGCGUUAGGUGCCAGAGCAGAAGAGAUUUGGGCGCGAAUGAUCAACGUUCAAGAAAGAGGCCGGCUAUUAAGGACCGAACUGGAGAGGGUUGGGCAAGAAAAUGGAGAGAUUUUGGACGAUACCAUGACCGCGCGAUGCAAGAAGAUCCUGGAAGACUAUCAAACUCAAUUAGCACAUUUGAAAAAGGAGUUGGAUAGAGUACAUAAAGAUUAUAUCGAAUGGGAAAAGGAGCAGCCGCCACAGACAGCAGCGAGGUCAACAUUUGGCCGAUGA